UUCUGUUCGAUCUAGAACCCGUGCAAAAAAUAGAAAUAUUAAACUGUUGUGUGUUCUCGUCUGAGCUGUAGAAUGGCGCAGAAGGGCGAGAGAGCACCCUCCGCAGACAGUGCUACAGCUGAAGGAGUUGCUCUAAAACCCAGCCUUCGAAAGACAUCAUCAUCAUCAGAUACAGUGAAAAAAACAAAAAGCAUGAAAUCCAAUGAAGAAGCCAUGAAUAAGGUGUACACAAACCUGCUUAAUAAUGUGUUUGGACAGGAAAGGGAAUUAUCCCAAACUGAAUUAGAUGAGCUGGCCGAGGCAUUUAAGGAGUUUGAUUAUGAUCAGGAUGGAUAUCUGAACUACAAAGACCUGGCAGAGUGCAUGAGGACGAUGGGCUACAUGCCCACUGAGAUGGAGCUACUGGAAAUCAUUCAGCAGAUCAAGAUGAGGUUGGGUGGACUGAUGGAUUUUGAUGACUUCUGUGAGUUGAUGGGGCCAAGGAUGAUGGUUGAGACAGCUCAUAUGUUGGGACUGAAAGAACUCAAGUGUUCCUUUAAACAGUUUGAUACAGAUGGGGAUGGAAAGAUCACUCUGGAUGAGAUGAAGGAGGCAGUAAGAACAUUACUGGGUGAGAAAUUGAAGAAAGGAGAGCUGGAGGAGAUUUUGAAGGAGCUGGACCUCAAUGGAGACGGAAUUGUGGACUUUGAUGAGUUUGUUAUGAUGCUGUCAGCCCAGUAGCUGUCACUAUGGAGUCUCACCAUCCACAGAUCUUCAGCUCAAGAUCGGCCUAUACUUGAGAUGGCUGUAGUCACAAAAAAGUGUUCAGUCAGCUGCACAAGAUUUGCGUUCUGUAUCUGUUAAGAUUAAGCUUGUGUACGACUGCACACUUAAGUUCAAGUUCAAAACAUAUUAUAUUACUGUGUGUAUCAAUUAUAUGUAUGUGUAUGUGUAUGGAAUUAAAUGAAUCCUGUUCU